UCUCAACAAGUUCCGGUUUUUUUUUUCUUUCCAUUUUAUCUAAUAAUCUAUCAGUCACACACACAAACACACACUCUAACAGAAUCACACAUAUAUGUAACGAUUCCGUUACGUUUCCGGCGAAAUCUCGGCGUAUGAACAGUCAUCUCCGGCGAAGCUGUCGGACAUCGGAUUUUUCAUCAGCUCCGGUCACUGUAACCGACGGAUCCGCCAUGCUUGUACGAAAUUGAGUGAAACAUUGUGCGUGACGUCGGAAAUCGGUUUUUUCAUCAUUCCGGUGACUGUAACGGACGGAUCCGCCAUGGCUGUACGGAUUUCGGAAAACGCUGAGUGAAACGUGCUGCGUUACGUCGGAGAUCGGAAUUCCGUCUGCUCCGGUUAUUUGAAAUUUUGAUUCUGGAUUUUGAUAGAAAUUGAGUGAAACAUUCUGCGUAACGUCGGAGAUUGGAUUUUCCGUCAGCUCCGGGAACCUGUAACUGUACGUAUUUUGAUAGAAUUGAUUGAAACAUUGUGCGUGACUUAGGAUAUCAGAAAUUCAUCAGCUCCGGUGACUUUAAUCGACAGAAUCUGCUGUGGUUGUACGUAUUUUGAUAGGAACUGAGUGAAACACUCUGCGUGACGUCGUCGGAGAUCAGAGAUUCGUCAGCUCGGGUGACUGUAAUCUACGGAAUCUGCAAUGGUUAUACGUGUCUCGGAAACAGUUUGCGGUUUUCGAGAUAUCGAUUGAUUGAAGCGGUACCGAGGGAUUGACAUGUGGAGCCUGAGUUUUUCAUGUCUGAUUUACAGAUAGAAUGCAGAAUUGUUGGAUUUUGGUUUGUUUGAGAUGAUGAUGAAAUAUAGGAGUUUUUGAAACUGCAGGUUUUGAAUUGGGGGUAUAGGUACAUGUCACUUGUUUUCUCAACUUUUUUAGGGUACAACAGGAAGAUUACUAGAGAAAUGGUUAAGUUUCUGACAGAAGUUGCAAAGUACUUGGUGUAACAUCAAACAACUUUUCAUUGGAUAAAUUAUUCAAACAAUAAAAGCUAGAAAAAGGAAGUGAGGUGGUAAACAUGAACAGGGAGAGAGGAGCUUACGGCGGUAGGGUAGAUUACACAUCAAACGAUUCUCUUCUUCCGGGAUUAUACGACGAUGUAGCUUUAAUCUGUCUUGCGUGGGCAUGUAGAUUCGAUUACGCUUCACUAUCCUGUUUAAAUUCCAGAUUUAAUUCGCUUAUAAACAGCGGGUACCUGUACGAAUUACGUAAACGAUUGGGGAUCAUAGAGCAUUGGGUGUACAUGCUUUGCGAUCCUAGAGGAUGGGAGUCGUUUGAUCCAACGAGCCAAAGAUGGAUGCGGUUGCCCAGAAUCCCUUGUGACGAAUGCUUUAAUCAUGCAGAUAAAGAAUCGUUAGCCGUUGGUAGUGAAUUAUUGGUGUUCGGGCGCGAACUGUUUCAGUUUGCUAUAUGGAAGUACAGUUUAAUUAACCGGAAUUGGGUAAAAUGCGAGGGAAUGAGUCAUCCCCGUUGUUUGUUCGCAUCAGGGAGUUUUGAGUCAAUUGCUAUUGUAGCAGGGGGUAGUGACCAAAACGGUAACAUUCUAGAAUCAGCAGAGUUAUACAAUUCAUCGACUGGUAAAUGGGAAAUGUUACCGAACAUGCAUACUCCGCGUAGAUUAUGUUCCGGUUUUUUCAUGGAUGAAAAGUUUUACGUGAUAGGAGGAAUGACGAAUCCGAACGAUUCGUUAACGUGUGGGGAAGAACUUGAUCUCAAAACAAAAAGAUGGCGGAAAAUUGACGGGAUGUACCCUAAUGUAAACCGGGCUGUCAUGGCACCGCCUCUUGUAGCAGUCGUCGGAAAUCAGUUAUACGCAGUUGAAUAUUUAACCAACAUGGUUAAAAAGUACGAUAAGGAAAAGAAUGUAUGGGAUGUUUUGGGAAGGCUUCCGGUUAGGGCUGAUUCAUCUAACGGUUGGGGUUUAGCGUUUAGGGCUUAUGGAGAUGAACUUUUGGUUGUGGGUGGGCAACGAGGACCCGAGGGUGAAGCCAUUGUUCUAAACUCAUGGAACCCAAACUCGGGUGUUAAAAACGGCGUUUUGGAUUGGAAGGUUCUCGGGAUUAAGGAUCAUGCCGGUGUCUUUGUUUACAAUUGUGCUGUUAUGGGUUCUUGAAGCUCCAAUCAAAGGUUUUUUCUUUAAACUAUCUCAUUAACUUGUUUUUUUUUUCUUUCAUUUUGUUGGUUUUAUGUCCUUUAUUUUGUGCCAAUAAAUUGCAAAAGAUGGGGUUACAUAUUUGAAUUAGCAUCUAGAUAUGACUUGAAGAGUUGAAGUUCCAUAAAGAUUAUUGGAAAUUUGUAAUAUUGAUGAAAAAUUAGUGUUGAAA